UUUUCAGGUCUGGAUUUGAACUGCGGGAACUACACGCAGGUGCACGGCAUGGCGGCGAUCCAGCAGGGGAAGAUGUCCGAGCAUGACGUGGACAGGGCCCUCCGGAACCUCUUCACCGUCAGGAUGAGGCUAGGCCACUUCGACGGCGACCCGCGGGGCAGCGCGCUCUACGGGGGCCUCGGCGCCGGCGACGUGUGCUCGCCCGCGCACAAGGCGCUCUCCCUCGAGGCAGCACAGGACGGCAUCGUCCUCCUCAAGAACGACGCAGGCAUCCUCCCGCUUAGCCGACCAGCGGUCGGUUCCGCCGCCGUCAUCGGCCAUAACGCCAACGACCCCGCCGCGCUCUACGGCAACUACUUCGGCCCGCCGUGCGAGUACACCACGCCGCUGCAGGGAAUCCAGGGGUACGUCAAGAACGUCGCGUUCCUCGCCGGGUGCGACUCGGCGGCGUGCGGCUUCGCCGCGACCGGCCAGGCAGCGGGGCUAGUGGCCUCGUCGGAUUAUGUCAUCAUGUUCAUGGGUCUCAGCCAGAGGCAGGAGCAGGAAGGGCUCGACAGGACGAGCCUUUUGCUGCCUGGGCAGCAGCAGAACCUUAUCACCGCGGUCGCCAGCGCGGCGAAACGGCCGGUGAUCUUGGUGCUCCUCACCGGCGGUCCGGUCGACGUAACGUUCGCCAAAUCGAACCCAAAGAUCGGCGCCAUUCUGUGGGCGGGGUACCCUGGUCAGGCUGGCGGGCUCGCCAUCGCCAAGGUCCUCUUCGGGGAGCACAAUCCGAGCGGCAGGCUGCCCAUGACGUGGUACCCGGAGGAUUUCACCAGGGUGCCCAUGACGGACAUGCGGAUGCGCGCCGACCCGGCCACCGGCUACCCCGGCCGGAGCUACCGCUUCUACAAGGGCAACACCGUCUACAAGUUCGGCGACGGCCUCAGCUACUCCAAAUUCUCCCGCCAACUAGUUGUCCCUUCAACAACAGGUAACACGAACCUGCUAGCCGGCCUGACCGCCACGCCAGCUGCCGACGGCGGCGCGAGCUACGCUGUGGAGGAGAUCGGGGCCGACGGGUGCGAGCAGCUCAAGUUCCCGGCGGUGGUGGAGGUGCAGAACCACGGCCCCCUGGAUGGGAAGCACUCGGUGCUCAUGUUCCUCCGGUGGCCAAACGCCACGAACGGCCGUCCGGUGAACCAGCUGGUCGGGUUCCGAGCCCAGCAUCUCAGGGCCGGCGAGAAGGCCAGGCUGAGGUUUUACGUCAGCCCGUGCGAGCACUUCAGCUGGGCGAAUGAGGACGGCACGAAGGUGCUCGGUGCAGGCUCGCAUUUCCUCAGUGUUGGCAAGGACGAGUACGAGAUCAGGUUCGACCCCUAAAUAUCAGGAUUUCGUCCUUCUGUUCACAAGGCGGUGACACAUCGCAUGCAGGAAGAAUUAUUUAUUGCUAGCUGCACAUUUCAAAUGUCGAUCGAUUAAGUUAUAUAGUUCAGUUGCCUCAGAAUUAAAACUGAGACAUGCGUGUUUUAUAACACCCCAGAUUAUG